CGCUGCCAUGGACGCGCUGUGCCGGGCCGAGCCCCGGCCCCGCCGCCCCGAGCCUGCGGCCGCCGCCGCUGCCGCCUCCUCCUCCUCCCUGCUGCCCUGGGCUCGCUUCUCCGCCUGGCUUGACUGUGUCUGCGUGGUCACUUUCGACCUGGAGCUGGGCCAGGCUAUGGAGCUGGUGUACCCCUGUGACUUCAGGCUGACAGAGAAAGAGAAGACCAGUAUCUGCUACUUGUCCUUCCCAGACUCCUACUCAGGUGGCCUGGGGGAUACUCAGUUCAGCUUCCGCCUUCGGCAGUCUGGGGGCCAGAGGAGCACUCACUACGAGCAUGAUGGAGAGUACAACAGAGAAGCACCUCUGACACUGCAGAGGGAGUCAGCUCAUUAUUUUGGUUACGUCUUCUUCAGGCAGGUCAAGGACAGCUCGAUGAAGAGAGGUUAUUUUCAGAAGUCUUUGGUGCUGGUGUCACGACUUCCAUAUGUCAACUUGUUCCAGUCCUUGCUGCAGCUGAUUGCUCCGGAAUACUUUGACAAGCUGGAGCCAUGCCUGGAGGCAGUGUGCAACGAGAUUGAUCAGUGGCCACCUCCUGUGCCAGGACAGACCCUGAACCUUCCAGUGAUGGGAGUUGUCAUUCAGGUGAGGAUCCCAUCAAGGGUGGACAAACCAGGAUCAAGCCCAGUGAAGCAGUGCAACCAAGAGAAUCUGUUGCCAGCCCCAAUGGUUCUCCCCAGUAUUCAUGAACUGGAUCUCUUCAGGUGUUUCCAGCCAGUCCUCAUUCACAUCCAGAUGUUGUGGGAGCUGAUGUUGUUGGGAGAGCCAAUCGUGGUGAUGGCACCAUCCCCUACCGUGUCUUCAGAAAUGGUUCUGGCACUCACCAGCUGCCUUGCUCCUCUGAGGUACUGCUGUGACUACCGCCCCUACUUCACCAUCCACGACAGCGAGUUCAAGGAGUACACCACCAGGACUCAAGCUCCGCCAAACAUAGUUCUGGGAGUCACAAACCCUUUCUUCAUCAAAACUCUCCAGCACUGGCCACACAUCCUUCGGAUUGGGGAGCUCAAAAUGUCAGGAGACCUGCCCAAGCAAGUCAAGGUGAAGAAGUUAGCUAAACUAAAGACUCUGGACACCAAACCAGGAAUCUACACGUCUUACAAAACCUUCCUUCACAAAGACAAGACCCUGAUCAAGAGGCUACUCAAGGGCAUCCAGAGGAAACGUCCCUCUGAAGUCCAAAGUGCCCUCCUGAGGCGUCACCUCCUGGAGCUCACCCAGAGCUUCAUCAUCCCGCUGGAGCACUACAUUGCAAGUCUGAUGCCUCUGCAGAGGGCCAUCACUCCAUGGAAGAACCCUCCCCAGAUCCGUCCUUUCCGUCAGGAGGACUUCAUGAAGACCCUUGAACACGCUGGUCCCCAGCUGACCUGUGUCCUCAAGGGGGACUGGUUAGGCCUCUACAGGCGUUUCUUCAGAUCUCCCAACUUUGAUGGCUGGUACCGGCAACGGCACAAGGAGAUGACCCAGAAGCUGGAGGCCCUGCACUUGGAGGCCAUCUGUGAAGCAAACAUCGUGGCCUGGAUGAAGGACAAGUCUGAGGUGGAGAUUGUAGACCUGGUGCUAAAACUUCGUGAGAAGCUGGUCAGAGCCAGGUGCCAGCACCUCCCUGUGAAGGAGGAGACCCUGCAGCGUGUGGGCCUCUACAUUGAGACCAUCAUCGGUUCCUUGCCUGAGGAUCUCCAGGCUGUGUUGAACCACCACUGAGCUUGGUGAAGGGACUCUGCUGAAGAAGGAAGGACCCAAGCUACAGUUGAGUUUGGAAAGGAAACUUCUUCCCUGAUCCAGAUCUGGCUCCCAACUUGGGGAUGCUCCUGAGCAUGUGGACGUGUGGGUCAGAGGUGUAGAAGAAAUGGAGUACCACAGUCACUGCCCAGUCCUGCUUUGAGGGGCUGGAUUAGGGGACCCUAAAGGAGAAACUCUUCUUUGGGUGGUUGUUCCUAAGUCAGAAGGUGACCACCAGGCUUCCAGCAGUAUGGGGCAGGCUCUGCUAAACACAUCUUGUCCAUCCAUGCUCCUCCAGCUCUAGUGCUUGGGCUCUCAGUGUUUCAGUGCCACCAUCCUGUGCAGUAGAAGCAGGACCAGCCCUGCAGCGGGGAGUUGUUGUUUGAGGACAACUGCUGGUGAUCAUCAGAGAGAUCCUAGAUUCCCACCUACAGACCAUGUGAAGAAGUCAUCACUGCCCCUUCAGCAACCUGCUGGAUGUGGAAUGUUGAUCUUUUAGUCCAAGAUAAAAGAAGAGGUUGGUGCCUCUGCAAGGAAGAAGCUCUUCAGAGGUCACAGCAUGGUACUGUGAGGACACCAACAUCUCCUGGAGCUCCACAGAGAGGAGCUGGCCUCCAUGUGUAAUUUAUUCUGCUUGAAUCACAGAAUGGUAGAGGUUGGAAAAGACCUCUGGAGAACAAGUUCAACCCCCCUGCCAAGGCAGGCUCACCUAAAGAAGGUCCCACAGAAAUGCAUCCAGGUGGGUUUGGAAUGUCUCCAGAGAUGAAGACUCCAAGAAAAACCACCUUGGUGUGCCCUGAUCAGUACAAGUGAGCUGGAGCUCCACCUUGGACCAUGAGACACCUCAGGUCCCCCACUCACUGACAAAACCUACUGGAGAACCUGAUCUGGGGUUAUCUGCACCAAGGUGAGGAGCUCGGAGUGGUCCUGCUGUGAGGUGUGUGCUGAGGUCACCAAGGAGCAGCUACUCCAGCUCACCACAACUUCUUGGGACCAUCACCCAGCUUGGUCAUUCUGUUGCUCUUCAUCUCUUGGCAAAGAGAGAGAAGUGUCUUCUGCUGGGAGGAAUGUAGAGAAGAGUUGAGGUUCUGUUGCCAGCUUUGGAGGUCUUUUUUUCCCACUUGGAAAUGGAUUGGGAUUCUACCUUGGACAUGGAUCAGCUGUGACCCCAGGGUUGUUUGCUUCUGCUCUUACUUCAUCUUGUCACCUCCCAGUCUGACCAGUCUGCCUGAAGAAUGGUUUUGAGGAUGGCUUUGGUAGCCUGAUGGACUCCUGCUCUGGCAGAAGACCUGGAAUUUUACCUCUGCACUUGGCAUUUCAUCCAAGACAUUCCCAAAGCUCCCAGACCUCAUGGGCUGGAAGCUGUGCUGCUUCUCCAGCCCUCCCUGCUUGUUGCUGUGAUGUCUUGGGAGAAGUUGGUGGAUCUCAAGAGGUUCCCAUGGUUUCCUUCCCAUGGACAAUGCAGGAACAGCAGGAAGCUGCUUGGUUUUCCCACUGCUUUUCCAACCUGGAAGCAAGGACAUGUGACCACAGCUCCCUGUAGUAAGGAUUUGUGGUCAUGACUCCUGAGGGCAACCCUUUCUGGCCAGUGUAUAUUGUGUACAUAGAGCUGGUGAGGACCUCCAUGCGGGAGCUCUGCUGUGACCCUGGUGGGCAGGAGAACUGAUGGAGAGGAGAAACAGAAAUGAAUUACACAAAUCCUUGACUCCA